GUGGGCAAUGCGCAUGCGCCUCUCACCCAGGUGACCGACAGGGGAAGAUGGCUUCGUCCAUGAAUGGUAUGUUUCCAGGCCAGCAGCCACCCGGUGGUCAUCCCGUUGGGGGGCCUCCCGGACCGUCUCAGCCGAGUUUCCCCGGUACCGCGCCCCGGGUUCCGGGUAACAACACCCUGGUGGACGAACUGGAGGCUUCCUUCGAGGCCUGCUUUUCAUCGUUAGUAAGUCAAGACUAUGUCAACGGCACAGAUCAGGAGGAGAUUCGAACUGGUGUGGACCAGUGCAUCCAGAAGUUCCUGGAUGUGGCUCGACAGACGGAGUGUUUCUUCUUGCAGAAGAGGCUUCAGCUAUCUGUGCAGAAACCAGAGCAGGUGUUGAAAGAGGACCUGUCCGACCUGCGUAAUGAGCUGCAGAGGAAAGAAAUGCUGGUGCAGAAGCAUUUGGGCAAGCUGCACCACUGGCAACAAGUACUGGAGGAUGUCAGCGGUCAGCAUCGUAAGCCCACAGACCUUCCCCCUCCUGGACCGCUGGCCUUUCUGGAGCAGGCCUCAGCCAGCCUGCCCCCUGCUCCUCUAAAACCAAGCUAAGGCACUGGAGCAAUGUCAGAACUGUAAAAGCUGCAGUAAAAGAUGCAAAGCAUCCUGUAUGUAGGAGAACCGUCACAUCGGAGGUGUGUUGUGGGUGGAGCUGUGUAAUCAGGGUGGAAA